AUGUUACUUCUCUCCACACUUCCUGGGACUGUCGUCGCUGCAGCUUUUGUUCUCUCGUUGACAACACCUGUCACAGCUCAGUCCGCUCUUCCUCCCGCCUCGAAAUGUCUUGCUCCUGUAAGUUUUACCGGCUGUGAUACGCUAGAAUUGAAGGAAGAAGAAUGCAACAACCUCCCAUCGUCAGCCACCUCUUCAGAUUAUGCAGCUUGCUUCUGCACCCAAGAAGUGUUUGAUGCCAUCACCGAUUGCGAAAGUGAAACUCGUAUGUGCGCACGUAGUCCUAACAACGACCACUAUUACGAAGACCUUCGAACACAUUGGCUCCAAACCUGCGUCCCCAAGAUCACUUUUCCUCUCACUACCCCUGUCCUCUCGAACUAUGGCUAUAACACAUUCAGCGAUCUCGGCUGCACGAGUACCGCAAUUUCCGCGUGUCAGAGUAUGAAGUAUUUCGCUAGCCAAUGUUCUUCUUCCUUCGAGGGUACAACGGCAUCCGGAUAUUAUUCGUGUGCCUGUCAAGAUGAGGCAGUAUCCCAGGCAUCGCUGUGUGAGAUCUUUGGGGCGUCGUGUCUGGGACGUACUAUCGUGACCUCGGCGCUCUUUAUUUACCAGCAUUGUGGGUUUGGAAAUCCAACAUCGGAUCCCACGGUUGUUAGCACGAUAGACUCGCCGUCUCAGCAGACCAUCACAUCUGCAUCGGGAACAGCGUCCACCUUUGCUGUCACCUUUACCUCAGCUCCUCCACCAAUCAUUGCUUCCACCCUAGUAACGCCAACAAUCACAACUAUUCCCACGACGACGACAACUUCAUUACCUACUUCAUCAUCCUCUACUUCCAAAGGAGCUGCUGCCAGUAACCAAGAUGCCUUGGGUCCACUAAGCUGGGGGGUUCUUCCUCUUGUGGCUCUGCAGAAUCUCAUGUAUAUUUUGAACUAA